AUGCCUUCUGGAUCUGAUCUUUACGAAGACUUUCUUGACGGGUUUUAUAUAUUUGUACGGUACUCGGUUUUCUGCUGCAUUAGCAGCUUCCCUCCGCGACAGCCCAGAAGGUCUGUGCUGAUACAGCUCGAUGCAAACCUUCAUCUCAACCAACAAGGAGUGGUUCCACCUCUUAAACUUGCUGAGCUUGACGCGUCAUAUCCUGCUCAACCUCUUGGGACACGCUCUGGAACUUGUUUAGUUUGCUUGGAAACCUUUGGGCAAGAAUCAGAUAACACACCUGAGCUCAAGGUUAAUUGGAUGCGAUUCACAUCGGCCUCAUCACAAAACCCUAUUACUGAACCCAUGACUUCAACUUCUCCCACUGCACAAGCCUGUGCCCCAUCUUCUGAAACAGAUACAAAUAAGAGUAGUUUGGAGGAAACAAAUGUUGAAAACAAGGGAAAGGCUGUGGAUGUUAGAGUUCUACCCUGUGGGCAUGUUUUCCAUGCAGGGUGUAUUGCAGCGUGGCUGACUGGAUUUCAUGGUGUAUGCCCUACAUGUCGUCGUGAUUUGACUUUGAAGGUUGUUGAUUCCGAAAUUUAA